UACUGUAUAUGGCCCAUGUUACAUACGCUGGUACAGUAAGUGGCGGUAUGCACCUUUUAAAGUCAUGGUUGCAACCCGCCAUUAAACUAAAAGAAGAAGAAGAAGUCUCUUGCGUUGUGCUGAAGCUAUAGUGUUUCCGGUAGGGUUCCUGUAAAUUUAAAAAAACGCUAGGCGGUUUUAUUAAACAGUUAUAUAUGUCCAGGACAAAUAUAGUAAUAAUAACCUCAGAGAUUCAUAUUUUCUACAGCUGACUAAACGGAAGUUGGGUUUGUAACAUUGGAGUGCUAUCUCAAGUGAAGAUUGAAGACGUGAUAGAAGAUGAACGACUGCUAUACUAAGAUGGCGACGUCCAGUCAAAGAGAAGGCGGAAGAGAAUCAGCGCCACCAACUCCUAGCAAAUCGUCAAUGGAGAAAAAGCCCCAAACUGCAGAUAACGUUGUUGAGACGAGAAGGCAGCCCAUGAAAGGUUCUGGUCUGCCGUGGCCACGGUCUUUCUGCCUCGUCCACUCUCCAACUGGGUUCCUCAGGUGUCUUGGGAUCCGACUUGAAGGACCAAGUAAAUAUGCUCAGCAGCUGAUUGAUCAUCAAGAAGAACAUCCCACUCGGUUGCAGGGGGGGGACUCCACUUUGAAGCAGGAGGAUCCACAGUCCCCCCACAUUAAAGAGGAAGAGGAGGAACUCAGGAUCACUCAGGAGGCAGAGGGUCUUCUAUGCCUGGAGGAGGCUGAGCUCACCAAGUUGCCACUGACUGGUGUCUCUAUGAAGACUGAAGACCAUGAAGACAAACCACCUGAGUCAUCAUGUUGGUUGUGUCCUUCAGAUGUCCAGCAGAUGAUUGGUCGUCAAGAAGAACGUCCCCCUCAGCCACAGAGGUGGAUCUCUACUUUGAAGCAGGAGGCAGGAGGAGUGCCAGCCACCCAUGUAAAACAGGAAAAGGAGGAACUCUGGGUCACUCAGGAGAGACAGCAUCUUCUAAGGUCGGAGGAGGCUGAUCCCCCCAAGUUGCCACUGACUGGUGUCUCUGUGAAGACUGAAGACCAUGAAGACAAACCACCGGAGUCCUCACAGCUUCAUCAUAGUCCGAGUGAGGAGAAAAGAGGGGCGGAACCUCCAAGCAGCAGCUCACCACAACACAUGACAACAGAAGCUGAUGGAGACCACUGUGGAGAAUCACAAGCAGACAACCUCUUAGCUCCACUAUCAGAUAGUGAGGAUGAAGACAGGGACAACGCCCAAGAACCUUUGAGCAACAAUACGAACUGGGAAGGUGAUAUGAGGCCUCACGCUGACAACAAAUACUCUGAACGCUCUAAAAAAGACCCAGAAACGAAGAUGCCGAAAGUCUACAGCACUCAGCAGGCUUUGGACAUGAUCCUGAACCAAGUCAACCCUUGCGACUCCGAUGGAGAAGACAUAGCCCUGCAGCCGAGUUCAGACUCUGAAAUUUCUUCUGAUGAGGAGACUUUGCCGCCACCAGAAAAGAGAGGUCGACUGGAGAAACACACUGGGCCAACAGAGAAGGCAAAAGACGGCACAGUGUGGCGUGAAGAACAGGUCGGAAGGCCUCUCCAUCACAGCCCAAUUGAAUCUUACGCCGCAGAUGGAGAGCUGACUGCUUUGGUCAGAAAAAGGGUGUCGAGUCGCUUACAGAGUUUCCUCUGUUUCGUCACUCUUGACAUGCUUCGAACUAUUCAGGAGUGGACUGUUGAGCAUGGACGGCAGACACAGCAUGAGAGUUGGUUCGUGGCCCUCCCUGAACUAAUGGCCUUCAUUGCCAUCCUCCUCUUUCGGGGGGUGAUCAAACUUCCAUCGCUGCGUGACGCUUGGUCGGCAAAACUAGGACAACCAUUGAUCGUCGCCAUCAUGGCCCGAAAUCGCUUCCAAGACAUCAUGCGACACCUACGCUUCGAUGACAAGGACACGCGCAGUGAACGGGUCGGGACUGACAGGUUUGCUGCAGUCUCUGAUGUUUGGGGGUCCUUCGUUUCCAACUGCAUCACAUCGUACAACCCAGGCAGGUACAUCACCAUUGAUGAGCAACUUUUUCCAACAAAGAGUCGCUGCUGUUUCCUGCAGUACAUUGCAACGAAACCUGACAAGUUUGGCAUCAAGUUCUGGGUGGCAUGUGACUUGAAAUCCAAGUAUGUGUGCAAUGUCAUCCCAUAUCUUGGCAAAGACCCCAGUCGUCCCACGGGGGAGAGACUAUCCGACAACGUGGUGAUGAAGCUAAUGGAACCGUUCAUGGACAAAGGAAGAACCGUUACCACAGACGACUUCUUCACAUCAUUGUCACUUGCGCAACGACUGCUCAUGCGGAAGACCACGCUCCUUGGGACAGUCAAUAAGAUGCGCCGGGAGCUUCCAGAAUCAGCCAAAAAGAAUUUGGACCACAAUAAAUUCAGCACUCGGGUGUUUUCAACCUCUGGUGCCACACUGACGGUUUAUGCGCCCAAACGGAGGAAGACCGUCUGCGUCCUCAGCAGCAUGCACAGCGUGGUUGAGACUGGGGAUACUCGGAAAAAAAAGCCAAACACGGUCACCGACUACAACAGCAAGAAGUGCGGUGUGGAUGUGAUGGACCAAAUGGUGGGAGAGUUCAGUGUGCGCUCAGGAACGCGGCGAUGGCCAGUCGCUGUGUUUUACAACAUGAUUGACAUUGCGGCGCUGAAUGCACAUGCGCUUUACCAGGCAUGCACUGGGGUGAAGGAGAGACGGGUGGACUUCCUGGUGGAGCUUGCAAGCGAGCUUGCUCAGCCACAUUUGGGAGCCAAGAAGGCGAAUAAGGACACACUUCUUCGGCAACAACCGCCCACACCUGGCCAAGGGAAAAGGGCAAUGUGCCAGGUGAACUGUCGGUGCAAGAACAAUCACGCCACUGUGCGCUGUGUUGACUGCUACAAGUACACAUGUGGCAAAUGCAGGAAGGAGAUGGUGUGGCAGUGCCAAGUAUGUUCAGAUAAUAUACAGCAGGGGUCUCAAACUCAGUUUACCUGGGGGUCGCUGGAUAUAUGGUCUGAGUGAGGCUGGGCUGCAUGACGUUUUGCGAGUAGGGCUGGGAAUCUCACGAUACGGUACAAUAUGCGAUGCACGGUGCACGAUAACGAUAGUAUCUCGUGGGGGGAAGAAACAAACUUCGUAGCUUGUAUUUCGUGGCAUUCUGCUGGGACAAGCUUCAGCUUACCUAUGACCUUAAUGAGGACAAGCGGUAUAGAAAAUGGUUGGAAUUUUACAGAUUUUAAACAGAAUACAAGCAGCAAUGCUGCAAAAUGAAUGAGACCGUUUUAGUGCAACAAGUGUAAACAGGAUUUUAGAUUAGGUGUCUGACAAACAGUAAUUUUAAACUCAUUCAGAAAACACAACAUCUCACUCAAGUAGAUCAACUCUAACAUAGAAGCAUAUCACAAAUGUUUCGUGUAGUACAGCAGUAGUGAUGUGUUCACCGGAAAGAGACAGAAUGACAGGAUAAGGUUGAACAACACAACAAUGUAAAACAUCAACUAAACACACACACAAUAGAAACAUUUCUCUUAUAAGACACAGUUUUCUCUGCAAGCGUGGUGACAAACGAGGUGGUUGUGCAUGUCUAUCGUAUUUUCGUCGGACAUUUCUUCCAUACUGCAAAGUCCUUGUCCAGCGUUGUCUCUUCCACGCUACACAAGUCCACUAGUGAAUAGACACAUGAUUUUAACGCUGCUGCUGUGUCUUUCCAUUCUUUGCCAUUUUUGAUUUUUUUUUUUCUUCUGCUUUCAUUUCUUCUUCUUCUCUGGUGUCCGGCCAAUUUUCUGCCGCUGUCGUGGAGAGCUCGUAGAUGACAUGUCAAAUGCUCACUGGACUCAAUGAGAAGGAGCAGCGAUACAAGUUUAUCGCGGCUAUAUUGUAGUAGUAAUAAUAAUAAUAAAAUGAUACACGGUGAAAGUUAUGGAUAAUCUAUAGUAGGGUUUAAUAUCGCGAUAGUUGGAUAUACACUACGUCCCCAACUAACCAACACAAUUGGUUCCAGACGACCGUUCUUAAGUCGAAUUGUUCUUAAGUAGGGGAAAAGGUAAUAUUACCAAUGAUACAGGUACUACAUGUACGUGUAUACAUAUACAGUAUAUGUGUAUGUAUGUAAAUAUGAGUUUGGAUGCAGUACUAAUAUUAAACCAGGAUAAUUAAUGAAGAAAACAAUAAUAAAAGUGAUAUAAUAAUACGUAAUGAUAAAUGUUAUUUACCUUUGAAGAGCAGUGGUCGAGCAUACGUCGUCGUGGUGGAGCAGGAGGAGGAAUUAUUGAAGAAAGGACAAAUGUUCGUCGUCGUUAGACUCCUCUUUGUAAUGCUAGUGGAUGCCAUUGGUACAGAAGUCUUCACAUGUUCCAUAAUUCGAACCUUGCCUUUGUAAAUUGUUCCUAUGGUUGAGCGAUUCACUCCAUAAGCACGCGCUACAUUAGCCAUUUUCUCGCCACCGUCCAACUUCCUGAUGAUGGCCACCUUCGUUUCCAUAGAAAUUGCUUGACGUUUCCUGCCACUACUGCUAGCACUUGCACUCCAUUUAUCAGCCAUGAUAACGGAUAACAAACGUCUCCGUAAAGUAUCGAAUGGGGUACAAACGGCGUGCUCCGAGAUGUUAUCAGCGACAAGUGCAGACGAACUGAGAAAGAUCGUGCGAGAGGGAUGCUGCUACCCGCCAUUCGUAGCGGCGGAAUGGCGCGCAAUACAAAAAUAGCGCCUUUGUAUUUCGAAAAAAUUUAAGUGACAAAAUAUGGCAAUUUUCGAAAAAAAUCCUGAAAAAAAUACAGCAGUCGGCUUGUGUUCGUAUCUACGAGUGUUCGCACGUCGGAUGUUCGUUAGCAGGGGACUUAGUGUAUAGAUAUUUUGUCACAACCCUAAUCUGGAGUGAUGCCACCUCCCAGCAUGCAUUGUGGUCAUUGGUUUGUAUGAAGUUGCUGCAGUUAUGUGUUUAGAGUUGUUUAUUAUUCCCCAUAGUAGUAGUUGCCCUGUGUGUGUUUACUUACCUGUUACAUGUUGCUGACAUUUCUUUUGCGUGUGUGCACUGCGAUUGUAGGUUGUGUUCUGUCUAGCGAUCAUUUGUCUAUGUGACAAGCCUACUAUGAGUUCACUGAUGACCUUGUGGGCCGCAAAAUAUGACGCAGUGGGGUGCAAAUGGCCCACGGGUUGCGAGUUUGAGGCCCCUGAUGUAGCGGGUUGAAGCACUGAAACGGCGGUGAAAAACACAAACGAGGAAAGCCACCAUCUUGGCGCGUGAGAUUUUUGUAGCCUCAAUGCUAUUUGUUAUUCUCUAUCACAUUAUCCAGAUGCUGCACAGAUGUGUGCGUUUGUAUGUUUCAUUGCAGUGAUUUCUAAGUAAAGAAUCUUGUUUCAAGAGUAUUCAGCUGGAGUUUUUUUUUUUCAAACUGAGAAAUACCAUCCAUCCAAACAUAUCUUGCUAGCAAAUGCAUUUGUCUGCACUUGUACCAUGGAUAUAAGAAAAAAAAAGAUUAUGUUGAAAUCGAAACGUUUUUUGGGAGUGUGUGGGGGAGGGCCGAUCUAUAUCGCACAUGCGUAGUAGAAAUCUCGGGGCAGAGUAGUCGUACAAAUCAGCUUGCCAACACCUAGACUUACAAGAAGUGGAAUUAUGGAGCAUAACAAACAUCAUACUAGGAGAAUGUCAAAUAAGGGGAGUCAUGGCCAUUGAAAUAUUCAGAUAUUAUGUUUGCUUGUCGUCAAGCUCACUUCUGGUCACGUGACGGCGACAAGGUGGCGGUGGGUCAGUGACGUGAGAGUAGAGAGUAAUAACCUCAUUUACAGAACAAUGAUGACAAGAUGGGCUGUUCACACCUCUGUUAGAUAUUAGUUCAAAAGUGAUCCUACCACUUGGCUGUCCUUUAGGCAUGAAAGUUAGAAAAGCAAAAUGGUUGGGCUGUGGGACUUCUAGUGUUAAUUAGCUGCCUCAUUUGAUCUGUUUUUAUAUCUUUACAACGCACAGAAAAGAUACAUAUGUGUUCAUGCCUCAUGUAGGGA